AUGCACGGAGGUCUCUCGCCGAAGCUGACGUCGUGGUCAAUGAUGGACGACAUCGUACGGCCUCUCGAUCCCGAGGAUAACGCAUAUUGUGGAGAAUUUGACAACAACGCUGCUGUAAUGAUAGUGAACAAGAACCUGGAAUGUUCAUUCCAAGUUCUUAAAGCCAUGGACAAUCCACCCAAAGUGAGAGCGCGUGCUAAACAACCAAAUGCCCCACCUGAUGACAAGCAGAAACGAAGAAAUAAGAAAUCGUCAAAGAACAACGUGUCAGUCCAGCAAUAG